CGCCGCAGCGCCUGAAGGACCCCGCGGGGCAGCUAGCGCAGUGCCUGGCGGUCAGGCGCCGCGGCGGACGACAGUGGGAGCCCGAGCCCGGACUCCAGCCCCAGACUCGGGGUGAAGCUCUUGUCACGGCACUAGACCAAAGGGACCGACAUGAGCUCCGUCUUGCGGAGCCCUCAGGCUCUCCAGCUCACCCUGGCUCUCAUCAAGCCUGAUGCAGUGGCUCACCCACUGAUUCUAGAGGCUAUUCAUCAACAGAUUCUGAGCAACAAGUUCCUGAUUGUACGAAUGAGGGAACUUCUGUGGAGGAAAGAAGAUUGCCAGAGAUUUUACCAAGAGCAUGAAGGGCGCUUUUUCUAUCAGCGGCUGGUGGAGUUUAUGGCCAGUGGGCCAAUCCGAGCCUAUAUUCUCGCCCGCAAGGAUGCCAUCCAGUUCUGGAGGACGCUGAUGGGGCCCACCAGAGUGUUCCAAGCGCGCUAUGUGGCCCCGGAUUCAAUUCGUGGCAGUUUUGGCCUCACUGACACCCGUAACACCACCCACGGAUCUGGUGAGUCUCCUCCUGACUGUAACCACAGUAAGGGGAGGUGGGUUGAGAACCCAGCUGUGUUUCUGGCCCUCAAAUAUGAUCAGCUCGUGAUCAUUUACCAGUUGGUCUACGACAGAAACAUCUGGUGGACACGCAUGGCAGAGCCGAAUAGAAGGGUUGCCAUGGCAGCAGAAGGGCCCAUCCUGGGAGGAAAUUGGAAGCAGGUGUGGUCAACACAGACCCGCAUUAUCCAGACAAAUGGUUCCUCUGUUGCCUGA